CAUGAUGUUGAGGAAGCAGUUGAUACAUCCACACAGGCCCCAUGAUGCUGGAGAUGCUGUUGCUGCCUUACCCCCUGCUGGGGCUGCUCCUGCUGACCCUGCUGGGGGCCGCUCUUCUGGGGGCCGCCCUGCUUUCCAGGCAGCGUGCUCCAGCACGGAACAAGAUCCCCAGGGCACAGAGGCGCAGGGAGGUGGCGCUGCAGCAGAUGGCAGCCCUGGCACAGCGUCUCCGGGAGCAGGAGCCAGGCCUGGACCCCAAGCCCAUCCUGGAGUUGCCCCUGGUGGAGCUGGCUCAGAAGUUGCAGGCGGAAGAGCUGAGUCUGGAGAGUGUCCUCUGUAGCUACUUAGAGGAGGCGCUGAAGGUGCACCAGGAGGUGAACUGCCUGACAGAUUUCCUGGAAGAAUGUGAGGAACAACUGCAGGCAUUGAAGAAGCUCAAGAAGAGUGAGAGAGGCCUUCUCUAUGGGGUCCCCAUGAGUCUCAAGGACCCCUAUGACUGCAUGGGCCAUGACUCUACGUGUGGCCUGGCACAGUUCCUGGAGAAGCCAGCGGCCAAGGACGGAGUCCUUGUGAAAGUGCUGAAGGCCCAGGGGGCUAUUCCCUUCGUUAAGACCAACAUCCCCCAGACACUGCUCAGCUUUGACUGCAGCAACCCCAUCUAUGGACAGACCCGGAAUCCUUUGAACUUAAAGAAGACCCCUGGAGGGUCUUCGGGGGGUGAAGGAGCUCUGCUGAGUAAAGGGGGUUCCAUCCUGGGCAUGGGCACCGACACAGGUGGCAGCAUCCGCAUGCCAUGCAGCUUUUGUGGUGUCUAUGGCCUCCGGACCUCAAGAAGCCGCCUCAGUUACACAGGAAUUGCCUCUGCUGUGAAGGGCAAGAAAUCAGUGGCCACCGUGGCUGGCCCCAUGGCCCGGGAUGUGGACAGCCUGGUGUUGUGCCUGCGAGCCCUGCUGAGUGAAGACAUGCACCAGCUGGACCCCACUGUGCCUUUCAUGCCCUUCAGGGAGGAGAUAUACUCCAACACCCGGCCCCUUCGAAUUGGCUACUAUGAAUCAGAUGGCUUCUCUCAACCAUCUCCUAGCAUGGCCAGGGCUGUGAGGCUCACCUGCAGACUGCUCCAGGAUGCAGGACAUGAGGUCAUUCCCUUCUCCAUCCCCCGGAUAGAGUACGCCAUACAAGAGCUCUACACAGGGGGUCUGUUUGCCGAUGGAGGGGCCACCCUUCUCGAGAAGCUUGAGGGAGACAUUGUGGACCCCUCCAUGAAGGCAUCAGUCACCCAGAUCCGCCUGCCAGACCUGCUGAAGUGCAUCUUGGCCAGGAUCCUGAAGUACAUAGAGCCCCGAACUGCCCAGACUUUGGAAAUGAUUCGUGGAGUGAAGACACCCAAGAAACUGUGGGAGCAGCACACAGCAGUGGAGGAAUAUCAGCAAGAGUUCAUAGCCAAGUGGAGGUCCUUGGACCUGGAUGUGCUGCUGUCACCAGCUCUGGACCCUGCCUUCUAUAUAGGCUAUCCUGCCAAAGCAGCAGCCAGCAGCUCUUACCACAGCCUGUACAAUAUGUUGGACUUCCCUGCUGGCGUGGUGCCCGUCACCACUGUGACACUACAGGACGAGGAGGAACUGGCCUUCUACAAGGGAUACUACGGAGAUAGUAAUGACAGAAACUUCAAGGAGGCGGUGGAAGGAUCCGUGGGGCUCCCAGUGGCUGUGCAGUGCAUCGCUUUGCCAUGGGAAGAGGAACUCUGUCUUCGGUUCAUGAAGGAGGUGGAAACCUUGACCAAGAACCAGAGAGAACCCAGAUGACAAGCCAUUUCUUUUGGAGAUCUUCCUACAUCCUUAUCCAAGUCUGUUCCCAAUGCCGCUUCCUUCUCAUGAGUACCAUAUCCACCUCCUAUCUCCUCCGGGAAGCCCACCAUAUUCCUUUUCUUUGCAGUUUUUUCUGUCCUUGUAGGUGCUUCAUCGGUGGACUCCAAGCCACUCAAGAUGGGGAUCAGGGUGAAGGGCUCAAUAAACAUUCCUUCCUGGC